UAUGACUUUAUAUGCCAAAUAGGCAGAACACUUAAUAAAGCAAUGCAGGAAGAAUCAAUUGAAAAAGUACAAGAAGCUUACAAUGUAUUGAAAAUAAGGGCAUUUACCUUGAGAACUGCAGAGGAUGAAGAAUGGAGAGUAGCAUCGAAGAUUCCAAAACCAAUAUCUACAGAGAAAGAUUAG